GUUUAAAACAAAAAAAAGUGUCAACUGUCAAUGUCGAAUAGGUGACAGGCAACAGCAAGUCGAAGUGUGAAAGUAUAGUGGUAUAUUUUACUUCAAUAUUUAUUACAAUUUUCAAGUUAUUAAAGACUGACGCAUUGCUAUUAACAAUAAAAAAAAUGGCAGAUAGGCUAACACAAUUGCAGGAUACAAUCAAUCAGCAAGCUGAGUAUUUCUGCAACAGUAUAGGUAUUUUACAACAAUUCUCAAUACCUAGCAAGUUUCCCGGUUUCGAAAGAAGCGGCUCGCAGACUCCCCAACAACAGCAAAAUCAGGAAGACUAUGCCAUGUUGUUUGCAACAUUAAUUUCCCGAUGUGCCAAAGAUAUUGAUACUCUCAUAGAGUCAUUGCCCAGUGAGGAGAGUUCUACUGAACUUCAAGUCCAGAGUUUAAGACGUUUGGAGGCUGAAAAUAAAGAAGCGGCAGAACAAUUAGAAGAAGUGGUCCGGCAAGGUGAAAUACUGCUAGAGAAGAUACAAGGUGCCCUGAGUGACAUUGCUCAGAGUCAGCUUGAUAUGCAAAAUCCAGCUCUUAUUUUAAAUAAGGAUGUGAAACCUCUGUUAUAGGAAUUAAGAAAGCUUGGCACUUAUAGUUGGUAAAAAUUGCCAACUAUAUGUGCCAACUUAUUUAUAUAAUUUCAACAAAAGUUGGAAGCGUUGAUAGCCCAGCGGGCAGGACUUCAACCUUAUUUUCUUGGGCUGAGUUUGAAUCCCAGCAUGUACCUCUAACUUUUCUAAUUAAUGUGCGUUUUAUGGAAUUAAAAAUGUCACUUGCUUCAACAGUGUAGGAAAACACUGUGGGGAAGCCUGAGAGUAUAUAAGCAUAACAUUCUCAUAGGUGUGUGAAGUCCCCCAAUCCGCAAAAGGCUAGCAUAUUUGACUACAGCCUUAACCCCUUCUCAUCAAAAUUCAAAAUUCAAAAUUUAUUUAUUUCAAGUAGGCCUAAUAUAAGCACUUUUGAAACGUCAAGUCUGUCUGUUU